AUGUCUACCGCCGAUGCUCACUUGGAUCCUACCGCCAAGACUCAAAACCACAAUCUAACUCCGCAGGAGAAGAUAGAAGGUCUUCACAAGAUAGUGAAAGCUGCCCAUGCGGGUAUGCUAACCACUCGUGCUGCCGAUGGGCAUUUACAUGCCCGUGCCAUGGCGCCGAGCGGACCUGUGUCACCAUCUCAGACGACGCUUUACUUCAUCGCGAACAAUGUCACUCACAAGUCCGACGAGAUCGAGAACGACAACCAUGUCAAUGUAUCCUUCUUUGAUCCGGCCACGACCAGUUGGGCGUCGUACGACGGAAUAGCAACAUUGUCUCAAGAUCGUGAGCUGAUCAAAAAGCACUGGAAUCGAGCCUACCACCCCGGAUAUUUCGGCAACCUCGACGACGGCGUCCAUAAGGGUGACGAACACGACCCGCGCGUGAGCAUCAUCGAGGUCGUGCCAUGCGAGAUCCGAUACUGGGUCGGAACGUCGUCUUCCAUUGUGCGUUCUGCGCAGGCUGUGUACAGUACUGUGACCGGAAAGGGGGGUGCCCCUGGUGAACUGAGGAUUAUCACAUCGGAUGAGAUCAAAUUGACUCAGGGUCUUCAAACCAAGGCUUGA